AAUUAACGUUCUCCAUGUGCCAACAAAUGCUCCAAGAUUCUUUAUAAUAUUCUAAUCUGGAUUUUUACAUUUGUUUUUAAAUUUUACCCAUUACACAUUAUUACAUACUGGCGUAUUCUGAAAAGUACACUGUUAUAAAUUCUUACAACUUCUGUCUUUUUACUAGUAAAGUGAUCUGUAAAGUCCCUGAAGGACCAAUUUACGAAAGAGAACAGACACGUACUGCAAUAUAACUUUCUUUGGUUUUUGGCAACGUAGGACUUAUUGUUAGAGCACAAAGGUAUGUGUAUAAUAUGGUAGUGCCAAAGAAUCUCGGAGAAUUUGUUGGCACAUAGAGAACAUUAUGGGAUAUUGUGAUGGGCAAAGAGAAGUGAUUUUAAUAAUGAGUUGGAUUUCUAAUAACACUUUAAUGCCUAAUGUAACUAUCUUAAAGUAGUAAAUGCGAUUAGACUGAAUAUAUUCUACCGGUAUUUGGGAACUAUACGACGGUCCCAAAGGUUCUGCUCGAAAAACAAAAACGCUUCACGCAAGGACACGUCCGUUUGCCUGCGUUGUUCUUCCCUCUCUUGACCCACACACGCACAAUCCAAACGAUGAGUAAGCGUGGAGGAAGGCGCUCGGUCAACAUUCUCGCAUUUUCUCGACCUUUCUACAUUUUCAUAUUGCGUCACCGGCGUCUCGGUAGCCUGAACAGCCCCGAGUCCCCCAUACGAGGCCCCCGUGCACGCUAUCGACCUUCACAACCAAGUUUUUAAACCCACGAGGUCGUUGAUUACAAUGGCUUGGCGGCCACGAGCCCAUGUGACUCGUGCCGAGAGACACCGGAUAGCUUCCAUUUCAAUCAUCAUGUAAAGAGAAUGCGUACAUUGUCCCUCCUCCACGCCUUUACAAUAUAUUGUUACAAACAUAGGAAAUAUAUAGGAAAUACGUUCACAAUCCGAACGUUCUCCCGUAACAGAUAUAUUAUAUAUUAUUAAUGCGUUCCGAAAUUCACUGCCAGUACUGAAAAUCUAUAGUAUACAUAACGUGAACUAUAGAUUUUCAGUGACUGACAGUGUAUAUUGGAGUCUAUAUAUGUAAUCAAAUUAAAGUUAUUAUAAAUUAAAGUUAACUAUAUGUAUGUGCUAACUGGACUCAUGGAAUCCCAUGAUAAUUGCGAAAAAUAAUAUCCUAUAAUAGUCUCUAUGUGCCUACAAAAUCUUCGAGAUUUUAUUAUACAUAUAUUAUAAGAUAUAUUAUAUAUUUUUUGCGACUUUCCUGGGAUUCAAUAAUAAUUAAAAGUUAGAAACUUGCACGUUGCUUCCUCAUCAUUUAAGUUCGCGCCCAAUGCUCUUUGUUAGAGUAAGCUUUUAAGAACAUGUAUAGAAAAAUAUAAUUAUUAACAUAAAGUACUAUGACUUCCUCAUAGAGAAAGCUUUAUGAUUAUGAUAAAAUGAGGAAGCAAUCUACAAAUUUUGCAACUUAUAAAUCUAUUUGCGGAUUGCUUUCUCAUUAUUUUAUUAUAAUUAUAAAGCUUCCUCUAUGAGGAAGCAAAAUGUAAUGUUGAAAAAAUUGUAUAAAAUAAUAUUGUUUUCAUUAUGUUAUAAAAAAUUAAGUAAUAAUAUCUUGUGUUGUGCUAUAGCAAACCAAUGCGACAUAGACAAGGAAGAAGAAGACGUAAAUUACCCAUACAUGACAAUUUCGAUUCCGGUUGCGACGUCGCAAGAGAAAAAAUGUUUUCGAAAUUGCAACGCCCUUAACAGAAAUGCCCUUUGUGGCAUGGAACCGAUGAACCACAUUCCGGAAGAAGACCAAUGCGACAUGGACAAGGAAGCAGAAGACGUUGAUUACCCAUACAUGACAAUUCUGACUCCGGUUGCGACAUCAGCAACCCGCAAGAGAAAAAAUGUUUUUAAAAUUGCAACAUUUGCCAGAAAUGCCCUUGAUGGCAUGGAACCGGUGAACCGUAGUCCGGAAGAAUAUUCACAAAUAAUUAUCCGAAUGCUAGCGUCAAUUCAAGUACAACUACAUGAGCUUCUUCAGAAAAUGGAACGCGGAAGACCUAUGUUUUCAAGAAAUAUCGACCGUGUAACAUCUAUUCUGCCAUUAAAAUCGAUUGCUGAAAUUGAAGCCUUUGAUAAAACACUCCAUGAAAAUCCGGAAGUGAAAAAACAAUUUAAUACGUUUGUACGCAAAAUCGGAGGUCACACAGCGCGUGAAGACAUCCAAAGAACUUGCACAAAGCCCAGAUAGCACAAGGACAUCCAGUGUAUGUCCAGUGGAUAUCCGCUUCUGGACAUUUGGACAUCCAUUAAGAGUCCAAAUAAGGUCCGUCGGACAUUCGAUGGACGUCCAUAGGAUAUACGUUUGGCACAACUUUGUACGUUCAUAGAAAGUCCUUUAAUGGACAUCCAUGGGAUAUAAGUUUGUCACAAUUUCGGACAUUCAUAGAAAGUCCGAAAUAAACCAAAUUUUGGACCUAUUAUGGUUUGAUUAUUUCUUUUG